AUGGAGGACCAAGGGUUGGGCAUGUUGGGCUCCGGCGAAAAUACCGGCGGCGGCGGAAUGAACGACGCGGUGGCCAUGGCGGUCUCCGGCGAGAUGGCCCACCAGCGGAAUAAGGCGGAGAUCGCGGUCCACCCGCUGUGGGAGCAGCUGCUGUCGGCCCACGUGGCGUGCCUGCGUGUGGCCACGCCUAUCGACCAGCUGCCGCUGAUCGACAGCCAGCUGUCUCAGUCUCACCAUGUCCUCCGCUCCUAUGCUCAGGCGGCCUCUCAUUGCUCGCUUUCCCCACAUGAAAGGCAAGAGCUUGACAACUUCUUGGGGAAUUACUUGUUAGUUUUGUGUUCAUUUAGAGAGGAACUGCAGCAACAUGUGAGAGUCCAUGCUGUUGAGGCUGUCAUGGCCUGCCGUGAAAUUGAGCACACACUACACUCUCUCACAGGUGCAACGCUUGGCGAAGCAAGUGGAGGAACAAUGUCGGAUGAUGAAGACGAGCUCCAAAUGGAUUUGUCGUUUGACCAAUCGGGAGCCGAGGGGCAUGACCUCAUGGGAUUCGGCCCUCUGCUCCCGACCGAAUCCGAGAGGUCUUUAAUGGAGCGAGUGAGACAAGAACUCAAGAUCGAGCUCAAACAGGGAUUCAAGUCAAGAAUCGAAGAUGUGAGAGAGGAAAUUCUGAGAAAAAGAAGGGCCGGGAAAUUACCAGGCGACACGACCACCGUUUUGAAAAACUGGUGGCAGCAGCACGCUAAGUGGCCUUAUCCGACUGAGGACGAUAAGGCAAGGCUGGUUGAGCAAACGGGUUUGCAGCUUAAGCAGAUAAACAAUUGGUUCAUUAACCAGAGGAAGAGGAACUGGCACGCCAACUCACAGUCGGCUUCUUCUCUAAAGUCCAAGCGCAAGAGAUAG